UAUAUUUACUAACUAUUUAUUAAUAUAUAUACAUAUACCUUCUGUAUAAGACGUCGAGUCUGAUCCUAAACUCAUAAAUACUCCUAAUAAAAAUGUCAAUAAUUCCAACAUAAUGAGGUUAUUUAUAAUGAUUAGGCUUUAUAUUUUUCUUACAGUACAAUAUUAUUUUUUAGUUCUUAAAAUCCCUGAUACACAAGAUGGUAAAAGAGUUAUAUCGAAAUCAGUAUAAUUCAAGUUCAUGGAUAUAAUUAGAAUUACGAGAUAAAUAAGAAGAUUGAGAAAGUCAAUGAUUAUCCCUGAAUAGACUUAAAGAGGUACUUGGUAGUUCAACUAAUUUAAGCUAAUUCAUCUAAAGUUGGUAAUUACUUUUCAAAGACUGUAAGGCAAUGAGAUGGCCAUGGUGGUUUUGUACUAAAAAUAAAUCCUAAAUCUUAGCUUGUAUAUUAAUCUAUUAGCAGGUAAAAAUAAACCUUGUUUAGUUUAAAUACCCAAAUUUCUCCCAGAAAGUUUAGAGACAAAAAAACUCAUGACUGCAAAUCAUUCUUCUGCUUCAAUGGAGAUUAGAAAAAAGGUAAUCAAAUGUUUACAUACAAUAGAUAAAAGUAUUCUUGAUUAUCUACUUCUUAAAAUCUAAAUAGAUAUUUUUAGCAGGUAGUUUACAAUGUCUUUGUUUUCGGCGUACUUCUCUUCGUGUUAUGUGGAAAUGGGGCUGAAGGGAAGAUAAUGGUGAAUGAAAAGUCUAUGUACUCUGCUAUAAAUUGCAGGGCUCAUAGUGCAGUAUUGACUGAUUUUGGAGCAGUUGGUGAUGGUAAAACAUUAAACACAAAGGCCUUUCAAGCUGCAAUUGCAAAUUUAAGCAAAUUCUCUUCUUCUGGUGGAUCUCAACUCUUUAUUCCUCCUGGAAAAUGGUUGACUGGAAGUUUCAAUCUCACUAGUCAUUUCACUCUUUUCUUACACCGAGAUGCAACUAUUCUUGCUGUUCAGGAUGAAAAAGAAUGGCCUGUAAUUAAACCAUUACCAUCCUACGGUAGAGGAAGAGAUUCUCCGGGUGGAAGAUACAUCAGUCUUAUUUUUGGAACCAACUUGACCGAUGUUGUUAUAACAGGUGAUAAUGGAACUAUUGAUGGACAAGGUGCUCCAUGGUGGGACAAAUUUCCUAAAGGAGAAUUAAAAUUCACUCGUCCUUAUCUCAUUGAAAUCUUGUUCUCUAAUAAUGUCCAGAUUUCUAAUCUGGUGUUAACCAACUCUCCUUCAUGGCAUGUCCACCCUGUUUAUUGCAGCAAUGUUCUCGUGACGGGCUUAACAAUACUUGCACCAGUAACAGUUCCAAAUACCGAUGGGGUUAACCCGGAUUCUUGCACCAAUACCUUGAUACAAGAUUGCUAUAUUGUAUCUGGAGAUGAUUGUAUAGCAAUCAAGAGUGGGUGGGAUCAGUAUGGAAUUAAGGUUGGGAUGCCAACCAAACAACUAGUAGUGAGACGACUCACUUGCAUUUCUCCAGAUAGCGCGGUGAUUGCAUUAGGGAGUGAGAUGUCUGGUGGAAUUGAAGAUGUUAGGGUAGAGGAUGUUGUUGCCAUUGACUCACAAUCCGGUGUUAGAAUCAAGACUGGUGUAGGAAGAGGAGGAUAUGUCAAGGACAUAUUUGUAAGAAGAAUGAUAAUGAAAACUAUGAAGUUUGUGUUCUGGAUUACAGGAAACUAUGGCUCUCAUCCAGACAACAACUUUGAUCCUAAAGCACUUCCUGUGAUCAAAAACAUUAAUUACCGCGACAUGGUUGCAGAGAAUGUGACGAUGGCAGCUCAAUUUCAAGGGAUAGAGGGAGAUGUUUUUACUGGAAUUUGCAUAUCUAAUGUCACAAUUGGUCUGUCAGAUGACCCAAAGAAAAUUCAGUGGAAUUGCACUGAUGUUGCAGGAACCACCAGUAAGGUAACUCCUCCAGCAUGUAAACAGUUAUCAGAUAAGAAUCCUAAUAAACUUGCAUCCUGCAAAUUUCCGGAAAACAAAUUGCCAAUCGAAAGCAUCAAGCUUCAAUCAUGUUCCUUGCAGUAUUAAGAACUCUUUUCCUAGGUUAAGUAACAUGAUUAUACUGAC